UUCUUGGCAAAAGUUGCUGACCAUUGGUCAGGAUGUCACGUGAUUUUUUCAAUUUUAAAUACUAACAUACAGAGCAUAAAUAGUAUUAUAUUUAACAGGCAUGCAAUCCGAAAUAGAUUUAUUGAGGCAACAUUUCACCGAGCUUGAGGCUAAGUACGUUAAGAUUAAGGCGGAAAAAGUUGAGCUUGAGACCCGGAAUGCCGAGAUUCCUGAACUUAAAAAGAAGGUUGCUGAGAUCGAGGCUGAGAACGCGAAAUUGAGACAUAUUAUUGAGGAGAAUGCUAGGCGUGAUGCUGAGAAUGCCGAGCACAAGGCCAGAAUCGAGGAAUUGGAGAAAAAUAGUGCAGAUACUUCAGCCGAGAAUGCUGAACUUAAGGCUAGAGUUGCGAAAUUGGAACAAGAGUCCAGACAGCCACAGAAUGAUUUCUCUCCCAAGGAACAUGUCGACAUAACAGAGUCUAUGACAGUCCAUUCACCUGCUUGUGAAACAAAUGAUGCGGUACCAGAAGUGCGGUUGUCUAUAGAUAAUCCUGUACCUGCCAGCUCUAAGUCAUCAGAAGAUAGAAAGACUGUUGCUUUCUUGGAUGAGAGGAACAAGAAAAAUGUUAGUGAUAGUAUAAGGCAGAGGAAUAGGGAGAAGAAGCUUUGCAUAGCGCCUUUCGACCAGCGUGAGUCAUCUGAAGUCGCAUUAGAAGUUGUGGCCCCUAUAACCUCUGAUCAGACUGGGUCGCACGAUGCUGAUUCUUUGUCUCCUUCAAGCUCUCUAGAAAACAAUCAUAUUUCGCAUAGUUCAUCUCAGGCAAACUCUUCUCUACCUCAUCAAUUGACAUCCUUGAGUCUAGAGAGAUUGAAACGGUACCUGGGGAAGGUCGAGAUUUGGCUCAAUUAUUUUCCGAUGCUAAAGUUGCGGAAGGUAGAACGUUAGAAGCUAAACGAAAAGAACUUGUAUGCUGGUAUAAUUAUAGCGAAUCAUAUCAAAAUAAGGUUGCAGAAAUUUGCUCUAAAACCGGUGUAGCCGAAAAAACUGCAAAGUCUCAAGUUUACGCCAUGAUCAAGGCUUCUCUACCCAAUGUUUCAGAUUCAAAUCUGUAUAAGAAGACCGAAAGAGCUGGAAGUGUUUAUAAGCUAUUCGGGAAGAUUAUCGAUCCUGCCACUAAAAAAGAAGUUAUGGGAAUCGGUAUCGAUAAAGUUUAUGGAAUUUCGUAUGGAGUAAGAGGUAUAUCAGAAUUAAGUAAUGCUCAAAUACUAAACAU